AUGAGAACACGGAAUCCACUAAUCCAGUUACUGAAACAAUGCCUGCCGGAAGCAAAUCCUAUUGCUUUCUCUGAAUCAGAUGACAUGUUUGCUUGGAAAGUUGGGGAACUGGCUCCGGUUCAGAAAUUUCCAACUGCAGCGACAUGGAAAUAUUUACAUCCUCCCGGAGAGUCUGUAUCGUGGCACAAACAGGUCUGGUUCUCAGGUCAUAUACCUAAACAUGCCUUCCUCACUUGGGUUAAUGUAAGACACAGACUCACGACCAGAGACAGAAUGAGACGGUGGGGACUUCAAGUUCCGGCAUCAUGCGUCCUGUGUUCUUCUCAAGAUGAAUCUCACCAGCAUCUAUUUUUUGACUGUUCGUAUAGUGAUGCAGUGUGGUCUCACUUCAUGGUCAAGCUCAAUCUGCAGCCUCCUCGAUCUUUUGACCCUCUACUAAGCUGGCUCACCAGACCUUCCUCAAAUAGCCACCUUGUCCUCAUCAUCAGAUUCAUCUAUCAAGCUUCAAAGUAUGCGAUUUGGAGAGAGCGUAACUCCAGAAUCCACUCUUCCAUCUCGCGCCCUCCAGAAGCCCUGAUCUCCGAAAUUAAAGACCUUAUUCGCCUCCGUUUGGAUCCUCUAUCAAGAUCUCUCGCUGCAGCAGCGGCCUCAUCCUCCACAAACCCAUCAGUCUCGUUAAUGGCAACCUGGCUUUCUAUAUUCUAA